AUGAGCUCGUCGCAUAGGCCCUUCACUACAACUACAGCCGCGAUGAUGGACGACGACGACGACGAGUGGCAGUCCAUGCCUGUCGAAUCUGCCAAGACGAUCAACGCACCGAUCCCCGUGAAAUCGCUCUACAACCCGCACGAUCUGCCAUACGGCGACGAGGACGAAGACGACUCGGAUCCAGACGACCCUCGCAGAUUUCGCUCGCUUCCAUCCAGGACAUCUGCGCGCAACGCACCGAAUCGCUCGACAAGCGGAACGCAUCACAAGCGCGUGGGCGCAAAGUCUCAGUAUCUCGCCGACAGCGUAGCCUCGACCUCCACCUCGACGUCCUCUCGCAAUGCUGCCAGCAACGCCACCGGAAAACAGCUCGACAUUGACGAUGCAAGAGGCUACAAUUGGAGAUCGAAGCCUGCCGGUCAGGCGGCCCAAGACAGCGACGACGAGGGCGAUGGCGAGAAGGGCUACUCACAGCUCCGACUCGAUGAAGACGAGGAGGCCGACGAGCUCCACGCAGCCACCGAAUACCUCUUUCAGGACGGCAGUCGCCACGAUCCUUACGGCGACAACACCACUGCUACUCCACUCAACCAGAUGAACACGACAAAGUCGCUUCUCACCGAUGGUCAAAAGAUUGCCUACGUCGGUCUUUGCAGUCUCAUAGCCACCGAAAUGCUUCGUCAGAUCCGCAGAGUGCCAGGCAAGACCCUCGAGCCAGCAAAGCAGAGCAUGGAAGGCUGGAGAGUCAAGAUCAUGGCUCGCCUCUACCAGCACAUGGCCAUCGAGGGCUCAGAGCAACGAAUGAUCGAAUCUCUGGCCGAGCAUGGUGUGCUGCCUACCGAUCUUGCUCCAUCGCUCAUCACCACAAGGACCAUCGAGAAUCCCGACUUCGAUCCAGAAGCUCUCAAGGAAAGGCAAGAGGAAGAGGAAGAGCAACAGCGCCAGCAGGACCAAGCAAGGCAAAAUGCAGAGCAAUCGGCCUCGCGUGCUAGAAGCCCACCUGCAACCGAGCCAGAGGCAGAGGCGCCGAAUGCUGCAUUGCCGCGAACCACCGAUUUAGAAAACGCUCGUCCAAACGCGGGUCCUAACGAAGAUCAAGAGGAAGAAGACGACGAGGAGGAUGACGGCGACCUGGGAGGAGGCUUCGGAAAGUCAUCCAAAGCUUGGACCCGGGACGAGCCGAGAUCAUCGUCAGACAAUCGUAGACGACAAUCAAUGGACGAUGACGAAGGCUUCGAUAUUGGCAUGCAGCUGGAAGAAUCAGAACAAGCCGAGCGUUCGGCAGCUUCGCAACAAGAGAAGACCUCAUCAGGGCCUUCGUCGAUUUCCUCCGCUCAGACUGUCGUGGCUGAUCCCAACACCGCUGCGCAGGUAGCGAAUGCGUUAGACGCUGUCAACGGGACAUCUACUAUUUCAGAAACGGAAGCAGGUCCCGGCUCAGUGACCACUACGCUCGGGCUUACAAAGGAGCCACAAGCACUCGAGCCACCGCCAAGCGCACUCGACGGUGUGACAACAAGCAUCAGCAGCGCGGAUGCCACCAUCACCCUUGAUUUGCGCUGGACGGUGCUCUGCGAUCUCUUCUUGGUCUUGACUGCGGAUAGCGUCUACGACUCGCGAUCGCGUGUGCUGCUCGAGCGCAUGGCUGCCUAUCUCGGGCUCACCUGGAUGGACGUCACUCAGUUCGAGAAGCGUAUCACAGACGCCCUCGAGAUUCAAGAAGGCGUGGAGAGGCUCAGCGACGAUUCGGCCAUCAAGACACGCAUGCUGAUGGCUCGGAAGAAGCGCAUGGUGCUCAUGGGUCUCGCCACGGUGGGAGGCGGCUUGGUCAUCGGACUGUCGGCCGGUCUGCUGGCUCCCGUCAUUGGGGCAGGCAUGGGUGCGGCGCUCGGCGCGGUCGGCAUCGGUGGUACCACCAGCUUCUUAGGCGGUGUCGGAGGUGCGGCCCUCAUCACGUCGACCGGUACUGUGGGCGGAAUGAGCCUGGCGGGACGCGGCAUGAGCCGUCGAACACGCAGCGUCAAGACGUUCGAGUUCAAGCCAAUCCACAACAACAAGCGCGUCAAUGCCAUUGUGACGGUGCCCGGCUUCAUGAGUGGUCCACUCGAUGACGUAAGGCUGCCCUUCAGCGUCAUUGACAGCGUCAUGGGUGACGCCUUCAGUGUCCUUUGGGAGCCGGACAUGAUGCAGGAAAUGGGCAAUGCGCUCGGCCUUCUCUGGAACGAGACGAUCGUUCAAGGUGUCCAGCAGGCGUUGGCGCUAACCGUGGCCGGUGCCGGUGCCAUGCUGAGCGCUCUAGCAUGGCCUCUAUGGCUCACCAAACUCGGAUACCUCAUCGAUAAUCCGUGGUCCAAUGCGCUCGACCGUGCCGCAGCCGCUGGACUCAUCCUCGCGGACACCCUUUCGAAACGCCAGCUCGGUGUGCGUCCAAUUACGCUUGUCGGAUACAGCUUGGGUGCCAGAGUCAUCUUUUACGCGUUGGUGGAGCUGGCUAGGAUUAAGGCUUACGGCAUCGUGCAGAACGUCUACAUCAUGGGAGCGCCCGUGACGGCCAAGGACGAGACGUGGAAAGAGGCGAGGAGCGUCGUCUCAGGUCGCUUUGUCAGCGCUUUCAACCGCAAUGACUGGAUUCUUGGCUACCUGCACCGCGCAGCUUCGGGAGGACUUCGAAGCAUCGCCGGUCUACACCCUGUCGAAAGGGUGCAAGACAUCGAAAACGUCGAUGUCACGCAUGUGGUGCCCGGUCACCUUGGCUAUCGUCCGCUUAUGCCGCUCGUGCUGGGCGAGCUCGGCUUCCGAACGACGGCCGACUACUUUGACGAGCCAGAAGAUCUCAACGCCAUUCCGGAGAGGCAGAUUGUGCGCGAGGAAGAGCAAAAGGACUUGGAGCUCAAGUCGGUCUCAACAAAGUCGGGUGGUUUUGGCAAGAUCUUCCGACGCAAAGGUGCAUCGAAGAGCAGUCAAGAAGCGACACCUGCACGGUCCGCCACGCCUUCUGGUGCAGUAUCACAGACCACUGCAGCAUCAGGACGUGCCGAGUACGACGAGUACGAGGACGACGACUUGCCGCCAAGGGAGGAGCACAAGCCGGUCGAGCCCGCGGCAGCAGCGCAAGUGGAAGAGGCCAAGCAGGUGCAGGAUGAGAUCGUCAAGCAGUCUGUCUCUCGCGUCGAGGCGGUGCGGGCUUCGCACGAGGGCAGUGGUCGGGCUGCGACGCCAGAAGCGGAUCGUCCGAGCUCGACGAGUGCCCACUUUGACACGGAGGCGAUCUUGCGCGAGCUGCGUGACUCUGGGAUCGAGGUGAAAGAGCUGCAAAGUUCGCUGCCACCUCUUCCUCUCUCGGCGCGCACCGAGCAGACGGCAGCACCGGUCGCCCCCGUUCAAGUCAGGGCAGAGGGAUCGGAUCAAGAAGCCUCCAGCAGAGCUGCUGCCCUCGAGACUCUGCCUAUCAAGGCUUUGUCCGAGUCGAGCAAGCCUGUGCCACCGCUACCCUGGGCGCAGUCGUCGGACACCCCAGCAGCUGUGCCCGACAAAGGGAUCUCACUCACAUUUGCUUCUUACGACGACGAGGACAUUCAACCCGCUGAAGGUUUAGUGGAAGGACCGGAUCCGACUCAGUAUGGGCUGUCGUCCUCCGCAGCCAAAGAGCUGGCAUCUCGCUUCGCAGCCGGUGACUUGAGCGAAGGAUCAAAGCUAUCACCAUCGGGCGAGCUCGAAUCACGACGUCCUGCGAUAUCCGAUCCAUGGGCGGAGAAUCCGUGGUAG